AUGUUAUCUUGGAUUUCAAGAGAAGAAGAAGCAGCAUAUUAUGCUAUUCAAACUGGUGAAAACAUUGAGGAUUCCCAUAUGGAAAAUAAUCCAGAGAAAGUGUCCGACGUCGUUUUGCAUCCCGAGGUUGACUUUUCCUUAAUUCGGCAAUUUUUGCAGAAAGCUGCUGGUAUAUUUGACAAAAAACGUUGUUCAAAAAGGACGCUGAUAGAUAUCUGUAAUGGAAGAGAAACCAAAAAUGAUAUUGCAUAUGGAAAAUUUGUUAGAAAAGCAAGUGCUCUGAAGGUAGUUGACGCUGAAGAGAAUGAUUUUGAAGUCUGGCCUCAAGGUAAGGAGAAAGCAAAGUAUAAAGUGCUAUCAGAUUUGCACAUGUGCCCUGAACUAAGCACAAGUUAA